AUGCCAGCCCAGAAGCGUUCCUUACCCGAGUCAAUGGACGAAGAAGAAACUUCACAGCAUCUUCACUAUUCUCGCCAUGUCAAGCAUCAACCGAACAACCGCGACCCAAACUUCAUCGACCAACAGCAUCAACUCGAACAAGAGGAAGAUGAAGAAGACGAUGAUGAUCAGGAAGAGCACGAUGAGGAGGAGGAGGAGCAAGGAGAAGAAGAUGAAGAUGAAGAAGAGGCUGAGGAUGAUGAUGAAGAUGAAGAUGAAGAAGGGCAGCACCAUAACGACGAUAAGGAAAAAUCACAGGAUUCCGAUGGAACCCCGUCUUCUGACUCUGAAGAAAAACCUGAAUAUGUGUACGUAGAACUUUCGGAUAUUCGUAAAGAUGUCCAAUGUCCAAUUUGCCUUGGUAUUAUUAAGAAAACAAGAACUGUCAUGGAAUGCUUGCACCGCUUUUGCAGGGAAUGCAUUGACAAAUCAAUGCGACUGGGGAACAAUGAAUGCCCUGCUUGCCGCACACACUGUGCCAGCCGUCGCUCUCUGCGAGAUGAUCCAAACUAUGAUGCCCUUAUUGCUACUUUAUAUCCAAAUAUUGAGAAGUAUGAGGAAGAGGAGCUUGAGUUUCGUGAAGAAGAAAAGAACCGAAAUAAGCAGAUUCAAGCUUCAAUAGCAAAAGUAUUUCAGCGGCAAUCUGAAGCACUAACCAAAAGACGUAAAGAUAAUACACCGAGUUCAUUUGUGACAAGAUCACAGCGUAAUCAAAGAAACCUUCAAUCCAGGAGACAAAACCAAGCUGCUGAUAUUCAAGGAUCUGAAGAAAACGAGGAGGAAAAUGGCAAUAAUGAAAAGGACUCAUCUUCCGGUGACGAACGGGGCACAGAACUCCGGCAGAGAAAACGAAAGAGAUGGACCAGAGUUCGCUCCUCUCAGCCCUCGUCAUCAAUGGCAAGUCCCGAUGGUGGAAGUGUGGAAAGUGAUAUGGAUAUAAGUAGAGAAAAUCGAGGAAUUUCAAGGCAGGUGUCAAAGCCUAGGAAGCUUACUUGGGGAAGAGGUGGUUUUAGAAGUAACACAAGACAUGGCAGUGGUGGUGGUAGCAACAGCAAAAAUUCUCGCAGCGGUCGAAUGUCUAGAUUGGUUGAUUAUCUCAAAAGCUUGAAUGAAAACACCGAUGAGUUUGAUGUUCAUCUCAUGUUUGUUUCUCCGGACAAAGAAGCUCCUACACCAAGUUUGGAGCAGCUUCACCUAUGUUGUCGACCAACUUUGUCUGUCAAGAACCUUUAUGAAUAUGUUGCUAGUCAGACACCUUUGACAGUUGAAGAAGUUGAGAUACUGGCGGUUAAAGGAUGCAGCAGUAUAAACCACGACAAGUCAGCUGAUGAGAAAUCAGUUGCGGAAUGUGAUGAGCUAACAUCGCUGGUUAUAGAUCCACUAAAAGAUGAAUUGGAACUUCUGCAAGCUCAUGAAACUGUGGCAGAGAUUAGAUCCAAAUCUAUAUCUAAAAGGGGGCAUUUGAUUCUGGCAUAUAAGAGGAAGGUGUAG